CACCUGACUUCUCUUGUUUAUUUUCCUGAAUUUCUUCAAUAACUCGUGACUCGGGAGGAUCCGUGGCCACUCCUGCAUGGAAAUAUAAGACCAGGGAUUAUAGGGAAGGAUCUGAAUCGGGAUAUAAGAGGGUUUGAAGAUCAAAAAGGCCAUUCACAUAAUUUGGAUUGGACGGUAGAGGAAAUAUGGACGGCAUGUCGUCAUACCAGAGCGGCGGAGGCCGCAGUCAAGAGCUACAGAAAUUUUCACACAGUAUUGGUACAAAUAUCCAGAAAAUUUCUCAAAAUGUUAAGUCCAUGCAACAGUUGGUUAACCAGCUUGGCACAGACCAGGACAACCAGCAGCUUCGAGCACAGCUGCAUCAGGUUCAACACUACACAGGAGGUUUGGCCAAAGACACGACGGUAGAAUUACGGCAAUUCCAGUCCCUCUCAGUGCCACAUGGCCAGGAUGCUCGAACGUGGCGCAUGCAAGCCGAGCGCCUAACACGAGAAUUCACGCAGGCAUUGAAUGACUUCCAAGCAGCCCAGCGGCAAGCAGCAGCCAAAGAGAAAGAAGCGCUGAAGAAGGCACGAGCAGAUUCAGAUGCCCAUUUCUUUGAUGACCCCAGCCAUGGUGCAGCUCUCUUGGACCUCGGUGACACACACAACAAAGGCUCGUCACAACAGAGUCAGGUGCAAAUACAGAUGGAGCAAGAGCAGGAACUCAGGGCCCUGCAGGAACGCGAGGGACAGAUUCGUCAACUGGAGUCGGACAUUAUGGACGUCAACCAGAUCUUCAAGGACCUAGCCACAAUGGUUCACGAGCAGGGAGAGGUUAUCGACUCCAUUGAGGCCAAUGUCGAAUCGGCGCAGGUCCAUGUCUCCCAGGGGGCGGGACAGCUCCAGCAGGCCCGGCAAUACCAGAACAAAUCACGUAGAAAGAAGAUUUGCAUCUUUGCAAUUGCUAUAGUGGUAUUGGCCAUUGUUAUUGGACUCAUUGCCUGGUCAGCAUCUUAAAGGACAAGUCCAGAAGGAAGGUGGUCCUCCUCACGCUAGUUUGCAUCAUGAUUGCCCUGGUCAUUGGCCUCAUAAUCUGGGCCAGCAACUAGAGCAGACAGUUGAUGCAGAGGAGGCACCCUUGGAGUGACACGAGGGCCGCGUGGGAGGAUGUUCCUCAUCCUGGAGCAGUGAGCGUUGACUCCAUGAAUUCGGCGAUGGUAUUGCUAAUGGGUUCAUCACUAAUAUUGUUAUUAAAAGAGAAGUGGCCUUGUUGAGAGGAUUAGUCACAAAGUGUUAAGCACCUCCACCACAUCCUCAGUGUUUUAUCUGAUAGAGGGACAUAUUUAACUUCAUCUCUGCUGUGGAUAUAUUAAACUGUAGCUGCUUUUUGGGCUGGAAAUUCAAAUACCAUACUGUUCUAAUAUUUUGUACAUGUUGCCAAAGAAAAAUUACUGCUUUUCCUUUUUUUAAAUUAUAUUUAGAUGCGUUAACCAAGUCAGGAUUGGGUAAUGACUAUAGAUAAUGACAUUUCCACCUUUGUUGUAUCUGGAAAUUAUAAAAAAGUGCAAUGUCGUUACAUUGUAAAGCAGUCGGCAGAUUCUGUAGGAAGGGUAGGGAAGUUGGAGAUAUUUUUGUUGAAGAACAUCAAUGUUGAUGACUUUAAUUCAUCCAACUUCAAAAAUGCAGCACAUAAGAAGGAAGAGGUUGUGCAUUAUGUGCAGAUAGCUGUUAUUGAACUGGAUAUGAACCAGUUGAGGAAUUACUUGGGAUCUUGUGUUAUUCAGAUGAAAUGGGGAAUUUCAAAGAUUGGUCAGUUGAUUAGUACAGUGUCAUGUGCUUAAUACCACAGUCCUUUGUAAUUGUUAUCAUCAUUAUUUUUUUUAUGACUGUUUUGGAAAUGUGUUUGAAAUGGUAUUUUCCGAAAUAGUAAAUCAUAUUGUAAUGGAAGAAGGUAUCUUCAAAUCCUUAGUCAGUUGAAAUCAUGUUGCAAUAAUUUUUUAUAUAAUUUUUUUCCCUUCCCAAUAAGCUUACAAGACCGAAUUCAGUUCUAGAUAUUACCAUUAAACCAGUCAGGUUAGGUUAAUGCAUACCUUAACCAGUCUUGCUGUGAUGGCUAUAGACCUCCAUAUAUUUUUAGCUUGCUUUAGUCACCUGUAUUUUGCGUUUGGACCAUUGCCGACAAAUGUGAGAUUCCUUAUUUUAUCUAUGUGGUAUGUAAAUGAUCUGACAAAAUUAUUUUCUGUUUGUCUUUUGUUCGUGUACAUAUGUAAUCUGAUUGUCGAUUGUGAUAUAUGUUAUUUUCAGUCAAAUUAAUAUAUUUGUAUAUUUUAUAUAGCUGCAUGCACCCUAGCUCCAUGUACAGGAUUUAGAAAUUAUAAUGUUUUGCAUUGUUAUAUGUCAGCAAAAGAGGAAAAUCAAAUUGAUAUAUGUUUAGGGGCAAUGCCACACCUGUACACAUCUUUUCAUUUUGAUAAUUAAAGUGUAUGCACACAUGACUUAUGUGAGUGUCCAGAUUUUAAGGUCCGAGGAAUCCAGUUAGGUACUCAUUGAAAUUGAAAUUUACGAAUGUGAUCUCUUUAAGAAAACGAAUAUGCAGUUGGUUCGUGUAUAAGGAAAUAUAUUUUUUCCCAUUGUCAGUAAGGUAUAUACGUAUUUCUUUUUUCUUUCUUUUUCAUUCUCUCAACUUUUUUUUUAUCAUGUAUGCUUUUUUCAUUGAUUUUAUUAUUUUUUUCCAUCACACAUUGAGGAAGUAUGAGAAGUUUUAUAGAUCGAUGUAAUGUGUGCGUAUUGUAUUAUUUCUUUAGUUGUUGUCUAUAGGAUAGAUGUGAUAGUACAUUUUCCAAGAUUUUUAAAGAGCAGAUUUGAGUCAUGCAAAAUUCCCAUUCCCGCGUGUAGUGGACAAUCAUAUUGACAACUGAAAAUGUUAUUAAUGCCAAAGAAAUGAGCAUAUGUUUUUGAAAACUCGGUUAUUAGAUCAUCUUUUUAAUUAUCAUUUUUUAUUAUGAUCAUUGUUAUUGUUUAUAAAUAAUAAUAGUUAUUCCUAUGUCAAAAUUAAUAAUAAAGAUCAUAUGGAUGAAAAUGAACUAUGUUGAAUGUGUGAAUAAGCUUGGUUUGUCAUAGAGGGACUCCUUGUAUAGAAUGUAUAAAAUUUAUUUACAUAAUAAUAAUCUAUUACCUUAGUUUCUCAGGAUUUGUUUAUAUAUUUUCUUCCUUAUAACAUAUCCACUUCUAAGAUGCUUUUGCCUUCGAAAAUACCAAAAGACAUUGUGUAUCACCACAGUCAACCUAUAUAGGAAACACUUUUAUGUUAAGAAUGGUAAGAAAAUAUAGAUACAUGUAUAGGAAUUUUGCAAUUGCUCAUAAAUGCAACUUGUUCUUGGGUUUCUUUGGUGUCACUGAAUGUGUGUUGACAUUAAAAAACUUAUCAUUGGGGACAAAAAAUUCUCCUCUGAGCUAUCCCAUGGCCAGAGCUAAGUCGUUGAAUUUGGCCACCAGUCGAUGGGAUACCAACACACAUCAAGUCGUUUUGAUGUUGUCACUUAGUGAAAAAAAGAGAAGAGUUUGUUGGUUGUAAUUUUUUAUAUAAUUCAUGUGAAAAACAC